CAUCCUCUCUACUUGUACAUACAGAUUUUUUCCAGAAUUGUUACCUGCAUUUUAUAUUUCGACCAUGUUUUUGCAUAAUUUCCAAUUUCUUAAAAUAUUUCCCGUCCUCUUCCUUAUCCAUUCUUUGAGCCCGAUAUCUGCCCAAAAUUGCAGUUCUGUCCAUGUCUUUAAACAAUCCGACGACGAAUUAAUAUUCGCCCAGUUUCGCCUCCAACUUGCCGACCCUAUCGCACUCUUUGACGGCCCGACAUCCAUCUCCGCCGCGCCUAACGAAACGGUCAACACGAUCACCAUGACAACCGAGCAAAUCAAGUAUUACAAUUAUUUUUCGGCCUCGAUGUACUGCCCGACCUCCUUGGCGACGUUGUCGUGCUGUUAUUGCGGCCAAUUUAACGCUACAGUGACGGAUUUUGCGAUUUUUACGGAUGAAGAACUCGGCACGAAGGCGUUGGUCACGUUGCACAGCAGUUUGCGCGAAAUUGUGGUCACUUUCAGGGGGAGUGUCAGCUUUAUGAAUUGGAUCAUGGAUCUGACCCUUCUCCCGACACCAUUUGCCGGGGCAGAAGUUCAUACAGGAUUCUAUUUAAGCUUAAUGUCGGUUUAUAAUCAGGUUGUGAAAAAAGUUGGACUUCUGCUCCAUCGAAACCCGGGAUUUCAUAUCGUUGUAAACGGCCACAGCUUAGGCGGCGCGAUGUCGUCUCUACUCAUAUUCCUGUUAACGAGUCUGGACCAAUUUCCGGGGACGCACUAUUCCCUGGUAACAUUUGGUCAACCGAGAACGGGAAAUGUGAGAUUUGCCGAUUAUAUGAAUGCUCUCAAAAUUCCGAUGAGCAGAGUGGUCGCUAGGGCCGACAUAAUCCCCCACGUCCCACCCGUUAGCGCCCUCGGUAUCAUGGACGUUCUCGCCAGCAUUAAUUAUGUGCAUCACACUCAAGAAGUUCGGGCUACUCCAAGUGGUCACAUUCCCCCGACCUUUUGCUCCAAAAAUUUUUUCGAGGAUCCCACCUGUUCCAAUUCACUCGGGCCCAAGUAUUCCCUUGGGGACCAUGAAAAAUAUUUCGAUGCGGAUUACACCGUUUGCUACAUGGUCGAGGGAUGGUUGGGCAUCGACCUCGUUACGGUGAAGGGCUUCACACCCACCAACUUUAUUCCCCCGAUGCCCACCCCGAUGCAAGGAUUUAUGACGGGAUUCGUAGAUGGCGGGUAUCAAGGCGCCUUACCCGGGUUUGGGAAACGGUUUAUGUUCGAAGGUUAAUAGUCCAGAAUAUUUACACAGCGGAUUUAUUUGUGCUAGGCACCUAAUUUGCAUAUUUUCACGCAUUGCAUUGGUGAGAGACAUAGAGUUUAUUCAAUAUGGAAAAUGUGAAAUGGAGAUUUAGGCAAAUGAGGUGACACGCACGAAUAAUUCCACUAUAUCUAUAAAUAUGUAUCGGUUUCAACUAUUUAAAAUUUACAACAAAAAAUGGGAGGGAAUUAUGUAUAAGUAGUUUGGCCGAAAUGGUUACAUAAAAUUUGAUGACAAUGCGUAAUCUAAAAGCUUAUCAAACUUUCUCCAAACCAAACUUAGACGGAGAAAAAAUUGUUUUAAAAGAGUAGUAAUACUUUAAUUUUUAUAAAUUCUGCCGUAUUUAGUUGAUGCUAAGUACUCUUGUAACAAAUUUUUGACAUGUUAAAUGGUACAACAUCUUUUAAUUAUCUUUCAUAACUUGAUGAGCAGUUAUGCUCAAAAGAAAGAGUUCAUUUGAAUGAAUCGAAUCUAUCCAUGCAUCAAUAUAGGUAUGUAUGUAUGUAUUUUAAUGCGGCUUAAAACUCGGCAGAAACAUAUAUAUUUACCUAUUUCAAUUAGCUUAAACAGUGAUAAGCAUAUUUAAUAAGUAAAUACGUGCUCAGCAAAAAAUAUGCUACGAAUCUGUCAACAAAUUUUAUUACGUACAUACCUAUGUAAUGUAUCAUAUAAUAUGUUUAUACGAAUAUAAUUUAUAGAUUUGUGAUUCAUUUUAUGCAUAUGUACAUAUGUAUGUCCAUACGUACAUACAUAUAUUCACAAACAACCAGAUUUUAACAAAUACAAAUAAAUAA